AUGGUCUGCUCCGCCUGCGGAAAAUGCGGCAACUCGGUCGCAACCCGCAUAGCCUACGCCCUCAUCCUCCUCGUCAACUCGAUCCUCUCCUGGAUCAUGCUCACAAAGUGGGCCAUCGAGAAGCUCCAGCACCUCAUGCUCGACUACGUAAAGAUCAAAUGCGGCGAGGGCGACUGCUACGGCUGGCUAGCCGUCCACAGAAUCAACUUUGCGCUCGGCAUGUUCCACCUCGUCCUUGCCGGACUGAUGCUGGGGGUUCACUCCUCCAAGAACCCUCGCGCGGCGAUACAAAAUGGUUUCUGGGGUCCAAAGAUCAUUGCCUGGUUGGGGCUGAUCGUGUUGACUUUUUUCAUUCCGGAUACGUUUUUCCAGUUUUGGGGGAACUACGUCGCGCUGAUUUGCGCGAUGCUGUUUUUGAUGCUGGGGUUGAUUUUGCUGGUGGAUUUGGCGCAUAAUUGGGCAGAGUACUGUCUUGGGCAGAUUGAGGAGUCCGAGUCGAAGACCUGGAGGGUGGUUUUGAUUGGGUCGACGUUGGGGAUGUAUGUGGCUAGUUUGGCCAUGACGGUGGUGCAGUAUGUGUUUUUUGCCGGGUCGGGGUGUUCGAUGAACCAGGCGGCGAUUACGAUCAAUUUGCUGCUCUGGCUGGUCAUCUCGGUCAUUUCGGUGCACCCGACUGUGCAGGAGUAUAACCCCAAGGCCGGGCUGGCUCAGGCGGCCAUGGUGGCGGUAUACUGCACCUAUUUGACC